GUAUAAAACCUUCCCUGAUGAAUCUUCUCGCACUACUCCGUCUCUGAAGGCACAAGGACCAACCAUGAAGGCGUUUCUGGUGGCCCUGCUGGCUGCAGUCCUGUGUGCCCAGCAAGCUUCGUCCCUGUUUUGCUACACCUGUGAAAAUGAACAUUCCAAUUGGAACUGCCUGAAAACCUACAAGUGUGAYGACAAUGAGAAAUACUGCACAACCACGUACAGCACUGCCGGCAUUGGCAAGGAAAUGGGACACCGCAUCACCAAGAAAUGCUCCGUGGACUGUCCCGAGACCAACGUGAACUUCGGGGUGGCCUCCUACUCCACCAAGUGCUGCAGCACCUCCCUGUGCAACUUCAGCGGUGCCAACAGCGUCCGGAUCAGCUACUCCCUGAUGCUGCUGGGGAUCGUGGGCAGUUUGAUUUAUGUCCUCAGGGCAGGAUUGUGAUCGGGGGUGGGAGAAGAUGUGACAGCCCGAGAACCCACAAGGUAUUCCCYAACUGAGAAACCUCAGCUGAGUAUUUCCGACACCAAUCCUGUUUUAUUCCAAGACAUUGCUUCCAAUCCCAACAUGACAUGGCAGUGUAAUUCCUAUUUGCCCUUUUGUCGUUUUAUACUAAUAUUUCCCUGGAAAAGCUCUUUUGAUAGCACGUGURUGAUAAUUGUCAGACAAAAUAAAGAUUUGUGUUAUUCUA